GCCCGCAAAGGGGCCCAGGGGGAGCGGGACCGCAGGUGCGGUCGGGAUGAAGCACGGCCGAGCAAUGCUGUGCGGUCCGUCGUGGCGCGGAGAACAGGAGCGUCCGCUUCCUGUCCUUCCUCUUCUCCGAGAGUGCGCCGCUUUGCAUCGCGUCUCGCCGCUUCCGAAAGUGCUACGUACGGGACGAUCGCGUGGGACGACGAGCGCUCUCUCUUUCUCUCUCUCUCUUUUCCUCUCUUUUCUGAACUCCGAAAUUUUUUCGGGCAAGUUAUCGAAACGUGUGUGCUUCUGGUCGGUGUUGGUCGAAACAGGUCUCUCUUUCGCAACGUGAAACGCAGUUGGACGGUGUACUCCUUGUCUCGAAGUAUAAAGAACGUGAUAUGCGUGAAGAUCUUCUUGGCUGAUAACUCCCGAGUGUCACACUCAGUCGAAUGCUCAUAAAUGUAAGCCCGAAAUCACUCCCAUAAGAUCGUCUGAACGUCAUCGUCAACAGUCACGAUGAGAACCAUCCUUCUUUGUUCGAUAUUCUUACUCAUAUCCGUGUCUAUCGCCGGAUCGAUCAACGAUUGCAACGAUCCGAAUUUUCACUCUCUGGAGACAUCGGAAUCGUCCAGGAUUGAAUGCGGCCCGGCUUUUAAAAAUCGCUGUCACUGUCUGAGAACGUGCUACGACGGCCAUCAUCAGUACGUCGUGAAUUGCACGAAUGCAGGCUUCCAUGAUACGUCCCCCCUGGCGCAUCUUCCCAACGACACGCAAGUGCUCAUCUUUACGGGAAACGAGCUGCAGGAACUGCCGUGGAACGUGUUCGGCACUCUGGAUAGCCUGCCGUAUCUGAGGGUGAUCGACAUGUCGAACAACAAGAUACGCGAGAUCCGCGGCAAGGCCUAUCAUCACGUGCAACACGUUGAGCGUCUCAUACUCGACUUCAACGAGCUCUCCUUGGACCCCGCGAGGAGCCAUCCGAGAGUGUUCUCCAAUUUCGUCUCCCUUCUGGAGCUGCAUCUGACCGACGCUUUCGAGGACGGUCCACCGAGGAAUCUGGCGUCGACGCUUCACGAUAUCUUCGUCAACAGUAAUCUCACGAAAUUGUUAAAACUUCACGUGGAACAAAACGAGAUCUCAGAAUUUCGAGAUGUCAACGUAUUCUGCGAUCUACCGAAUCUCCUGGAUCUCUAUCUUGGCGAUAACGCCCUGAGCGCGCUCCACUUCAAUCUAUCGUGUUUACACAAUCUGCGCUUCUUGGAUCUUCGACGAAACAAAUUCACGAGGAUUCUCGAACGCGAUCUCCAUACCAUGGACAAUCUCGCUAAGCACGAUCGAUCUGUGACCGUGGAUUUUUCCGGUAAUCCUUUCGAGUGUUCCUGCAAGCUCAAUCCGUUCAUCAAGUGGAUAAAAAAGACGAGGGUGUUCGUUCGAAACAAGGCUAGCUUACAGUGCUACGAAGGAAAUGCAAGGCACGACUUUCACGAAACGAAAAAUUGCACACCGAGAUUGCUAAUUACCACCCGACGAGGAACAACGGUGCUACUUUGCUUCCUCUCGAUGGUGCUGAUCGCUCUAGUAUGCGCUCUGGUCUAUCUACAACGGACGAAACUGCAGAAGAAGAUCGAGCCGGUGCUCGAUUCAGUCAGCAAGAGAGUGCGAUAUACCUCGAUAGCGAACGGCGACGUUCGCGAAGAUGUAUGAAGAGAAAACUUGUACUUGAAAUAAAACAUUUUUAUUUCGUUAAGAGACGAGUUUGCGAACUCGUUCGUCCGUCCAAUCUCAAGAUUAAAUGGACGAGUUAAAGAUCGCAAGGUGCUUUACGUGUAAAAAUCUUUGUACAAUGUUUUCGGUCGUAACGGUAUCACGUCAUUUUACGCUAAAUUAAGCAAUUCGUGUGUCGCGGUGUACCGUUCGACGUUAUGCGCGUUCGCAGCUGUGCGUGAAAUUGGGUGUAUUUUUAGAUAUUAUAUAAAGUCACCGGUGCGACAUUAUAAAAAAAUUGUAAUUAAUAACAUGGCAUUUUACUUAAUUUUGUGAUGUAAUCUGUUUAUAAAUAAAUAUUAUUUAUUACGA